UUUUAGUAAUAUCACUCUUAUUGGAAGAAGACUUGAAACUCAUUGAGCAGGCUGAAUUUCCCCUGCUGCUUUUAAGUAAUCAUGUCUACAACUCAGAAUCUAGCAAGUUCAUGCUGAGGUAUAUUCUCAAGUCAAGAUACAGCGGCUCGUGUUUUUUUGGCUGAAUAACGACAGUCGGGUAGUAGAUGUCACAGUGAUAAAUUUAUGUAUCUUGCUGACUUGGAAGAGGAAGAAAUGGAGAACGUGAAAGAACAGGAAGAACUGCAACAACAGAGGAGUGUUGCUUCAGAAUAAUCCGUAUCUAUAGAACAGAGCAGCUUUCACUAAGAGUUAAAUAAGAUAACAUAAUCCAUGGAUAAAGUGGGAAAGAUGUGGAACAAUUUCAAAUACAGGUGCCAGAAUCUCUUCAGUCAUGAAGGCGGAAGCCAAAAUGAAAAUGUAGUCAUUAACUCCAGUAGUUGCUCAUCCGCUAAAGACAGAACUGUCCAGAUAACCGGUUUGACUCAACAGCGACCCAGCAGCCCUCUGAGAGAAAACAUUGCUUUGCAGUUAGGUUUGAGUCCUUCAAAGAAUUCCGUCAGGCGGAACCAAAACUGUGUCACAGAAAUUCCUCAGAUUGUUGAAAUAAGUAUUGAGAAAGAGAAUGACUCGUGUGUCACCACGGGAGCUAGGCUUGCUCGAAGGGACUCUUAUUCUCGUCAUGCUCCUUGGGGUGGGAAGAAGAAACAUUCCUGCUCUACCAAAACCCAGAGCUCUUUGGAUACCGAAAAAAGAUUUGGUAGAACGCGAAGUGGUUUGCAGAGGAGAGAGAGGAGGUAUGGAGUGAGUUCUGUACAUGAUAUGGAUGCAGGGUCAAACAGGACAGUAGGCAGCCGUUCUCUGCGACAGCGUCUACAGGAUACUGUUGGACUGUGUUUUCCCGUGCGAACUUACAGCAAACAGUCCAAACCUCUAUUUUCUAACAAAAGAAAGAUCCAUCUCUCUGAACUAAUGCUUGAGAAAUGCCCUUUUCCUGCAGGCUCAGAUCUGGCUCAAAAGUGGCAUCUGAUUAAACAGCACACAGCUCCCGUGAGUCCGCACUCAACAUUUUUUGAUACGUUUGAUCCUUCCUUGGUUUCUACAGAAGACGAAGAAGACAGGCUGAGAGAGAGACGUAGGCUCAGUAUUGAAGAAGGGGUUGAUCCCCCUCCCAAUGCCCAAAUACAUACUUUCGAAGCUACAGCACAGGUUAAUCCGUUAUAUAAACUGGGACCAAAGCUAGCCCCUGGUAUGACUGAGCUGACCGGGGACAAAAAUGCAACUCCUCCAGGAAGCUGUGACUCUGAAGAGGACACGACAACACUUUGUCUACAGUCGCGCAGGCAAAAGCAGCGCCAGAUGUCUGGAGAGAGCCACGGCCAUAUCAGCAAGCAGGGGGCUUGGAAGGUGCACACUCAGAUCGAUUACAUCCAUUGCCUUGUGCCAGACUUGCUUCAGAUCACAGGUAACCCGUGUUACUGGGGUGUAAUGGACCGUUACGAAGCAGAAGCACUUCUGGAGGGUAAACCCGAAGGCACUUUUUUGCUCAGGGAUUCUGCGCAAGAGGACUACCUCUUCUCUGUGAGCUUCCGUCGUUAUAACCGAUCGCUGCAUGCACGCAUUGAGCAGUGGAAUCACAACUUUAGUUUUGAUGCCCACGAUCCCUGUGUGUUUCACUCCUCCACCGUUACAGGGCUUCUGGAACACUACAAAGACCCUAGCUCUUGCAUGUUCUUUGAACCGUUGCUAACUGUAUCUCUGAACAGGACUUUCCCCUUUAGUCUGCAGUAUAUCUGCCGGGCAGUAAUCUGCAGGUGCACUACGUAUGAUGGAAUUGAUGACCUUCCAUUACCUUCAAUGUUGCAAGACUUUUUAAAGGAGUAUCACUAUAAACAAAAAGUCAGGGUGCGAUGGCUGGAGCGGGAACCUAUAAAAACAAAGUAAAAGGAAAUCAGAGUCUCCAGUAAGCUUACAAAAUAUGCUUUUUCUUGUGUGUUACAGUUUAACUGCAGCGAACGCACCAACGACGUCUAGCUUUUUUGCAAUAUCCUAUUGAAGCUGAGUGUUAGUAUCCUGUCAGAUGCUGCCUGCUGUUAAUCAAACGAAGUUGUGAUGCCUCUUGGAAACAAUAAGCAGACACAAUUCUGCACGUUUUUCAUUAAGGCCUAGUGAAAAUAUUUUUGCUAAUUCCUAAAUAUUUUGUUUUUAUAGCUGUAGUAAUUGGAUGAAGAAACUAUGAGGCAUUUUCCAUGGGGCAUUCGUGUAAUGCUAAUGAAGAAAGACUAUAUUGGAGGAGCAUUUUUGCUCAUAUUUAAAGUAUUUUUUUAAAAUAUUGUCUUUAAAUAUUUCCACUAUUCAGAGUACUAAUUGAGCUCACAGUUAAGUUUCCGAACAGUAGCGAGUAAGAGUAUUCUCUUUUUAUCAGGAGCAGUUCACAGGAAGCAGGGAUAGCCUGCAGUCCAUUAAGAGUUAAUGGGGUUUUUUGGAUGCUAGCAGAUGAAUCAUGCUUUUCUCAGUGUAUAGGGUUUCCUAAUGAUUAAGACUUGAAUAUGCCUGCUCAGUACUGUAAUUCUAUUUUAAACACUUGGAGAUUUAAGUGGCAUUGUUAGCAAAAGUAAUGCUGUCUUGGACAGUUGCAUACCUUCCAGCGUGAGUUAUUGAUUCAGUGGCAGGACGCAGAAUUGGUUUAUAGCCAUGAAAUGAAAGUUUUUGUAUUUUUCUAAAGCCUAACUACUUGUAAUUUACAAUGGAAGGUAAUAGUGAAGAGAAAAUGUUUGUUUUCUUUUUUUAUUUAAAGUUGUCUGAUAUUUUUAUGGAGAAAAUUACAAGUGGUUGAAUUAUAAUCAGAAUACAAAAUCUGACAGAUCUGAAAUGUCAGAUUUCAAAAGUACUGUUACACUUUAUUUGUAAAUAACUUUCAAUUUGCGCUUUUUAAAAUGUUUUAAAGUAAUAUGCACUGAUAAUAGUUUCAACAGAUUACUUGGAAACAAAAUUCUAAGUUCUGUUUGCUUAUUUAAUUGGAGACGGAACUUCAUGUAGUUCUGUCUUAGACAUUUUUGCACUAAAAUUUUGUUGGAAUGCCCUGUCCCUUGUUCAAUGUUUUGUACCAAUCAUGAGUGCUCCCUAGUUUCUUUACCAGCUGCUACAGUAUGUUACUACUUACUUCUCUAUGGCAGUGACCUGUGCGAGGUAGGGAACAUUUUGGCUGCAAGUACAAUAAACAUUAUUCUUGUAUGCUACACUAACCCUUCUAUUGAUGUAUUUUUCUGCUUGCUGUGCCUUGUUCUGGCUUUUUGUGCUAAUAAAGUACAGUAUGUUCAGUGUUAUACUUGUAUAUCUGCUCUGUUUUUAUAUAUUCACGUAACUUGUAGCAGUUAACUGAACUUUUAUUAGGCUUUUCUUAGUGUAGGUAAUGCACAAAUACUGUGCAGCUGAGUAUUGGUCAGCACACCGUAUUCUGGGAUUUUAUGUUGUGUAUCAGAAACCUGACAGUGUACACCAUUGAAUGUUUCUGUAGUCACUGCAAAAUAAUGAACUUGUCUGCAGGCAUCCAGCAUUUUGAAGAUUUUGUAAAGUAUCAAUGUUAAGCAAAAAAUAUUCUUAAAACAUUAUUGAUCCCCUGUAAUAGUUGCUGAAUGUGUUUUAGCCUGUAACGUAGCUAACUGCUUAGCUUAAUAUUUUGAUACUCCCCAACGAGUAAGGAAUGAUUAUUCCUGUAAAUUGACAGUACAGCAGCGGCAUUUGUUCACUUUUAGACUAUUUUAAUAAAUAGAUGUACACACAAACUGGCCAAAUGUCCUGUUUUUACCAAAGAAUACUGUCAAUUUAUGUUGGGGUAUUUUUUAGUGAAAAACUGCGAGUGGAGAGGUGCAAUUUCUGGUCUAUCAAAUAUUUAACCUGAGCUACGAUAAACCAAAGUAUUUGACAACUUCAUCUGAACUUAAGCAAUGUAUACAUUUGUGUUGGUGGAGCUUGAAACUUUGAUGUCAAGGGUGUCAUCAUUUUGUUUCUUGAAUACGUGAUGUAUCUGAAGAGGAAUGAUUUAAAUAAUUUUGUAAUGACUGGAACAGCACUACAUAGAAGCUUAUACUGAAAGGGGUUGAUUUGAAGCACCCAGAAAGCACUUUAAAAUGUGUUUAUAUGCUCGUGGAAAAUCUGUGAUCUGGUUAUACAUUCUUUGUAGUAGGUUAUCUUCUUUCUUAUGUGUUAAGACUUCAACUGUUACAGUGAAACUUUGUAUGUAAAUACCAAGUUUAUGUAAGUAUGUGUACAAAUGUGCUAAUGGUCACUUCAGUUUUAAAUUGUGUGUGUCCUUGGAUAUGCAACUCCUGGUUUAAAACUACUCUAAGCAUAGAAAGAGGAAAAAAUUCACCAGCAUGAAAUUGCACCUAAGUGUCCCUUCAUUGUAUCGUUCUCACUGUUCCCUUGAUCAGAUCUGAAUUCCAGAUGAGUUUACUUUAAAUCUUGCUUUUAGUAGUAGUAGCACACACUUUAACCUGCAACCAAGUUUCGUCCCAACGUAAGGACCUGUCUUUUGUUUACAACAGUUGCAGUAUUGCUAGUCAUAAACUGGCUGAUGAGAUCCUAGCUUUGACAUUAUCAGUGUGGUCAGGAAUACACAUUCAUUUUUUUGUGUAGUAAAUAUUUAGAGAAAAAAAUUAAAAAGAAACAACUCAAACCUUAACCUCACAAAAUUUGUAUUUGUGUCUUUAUGGAGAGGAUUUAUUGCUCCCUUGAGAGAGACAGACACAAGAAUGAUUAUAUAUGUUUCUCUACAACUGUUUUAAAGCUUUGCUUCACUGAAAUAUACAGAAUAACUUGCUAGUGUGCCUAUGUUAAAAAUUAUGUAAAUGUAAUUUAAAAGUAUAACAGAUUGAGUGUUGGCUACUCACAUUGCAGAAUAUUUUUCUAAUUGAUGAUUUCAGUUCUAAAGUCAUUGAAAUGUCGGUAUGUUGAGAAUGCAAGUACUUGACUCCUUUGAGGACUCUAGUUUAACUUUGGCAUUCUGAUUUUGUGUAGAAAAUGUUGUAAAUGUCCUCACCAAAAUAUGUGUGCAAACAACUGAUUUUUUUCUUACUGUAGGAUUCAAUGUAAUAAGGUAUGCUUGCAUGAUUCUAAUCUAAUCUGCUUACGUGACAGAUAAGUAUUUAAUAAUCAUGUGAAGUGUUCAUUGGAGGUGAUUCUUAUCUCUGUAGAAAGGGCUAUACGUAGGAUUUACUCAGUGGAAUUAUUUUGCAAAGACCUUGCAAAAAGAUUUUGCCAUGGUUUAAAAGAACAAGCGCUAUGAGGGAACUCGGAUCUUUGAAUGCUUAGCACAACUUGGUGGUCUUGUUACAUAUAAAUAUGCACAUUGUAAGACAUUAGGAAGUCAGCAGAAUUCUACUUUACCAAAAGAUGGAAAUUGUAAUAAUCAGAAUUUCCAUUUAACGUUAACCCAACAUUGGAAAAUUAUUGAGUAAGUUAUUGUUGCUAUUGAAAUGAGCGUUUGAAGGGUUUUGCUCUGUUACUGGGUCAUUGUAGAAGACCAUUUCAGUUAUCUAAACAAACAAAAAAAAAAGGGCAUUAAAUCUAAAUCUUUUCUAGAAAUCUUUUCGUAUCCCCAUGGAACUGGAGAAAUGCAGUCUAUUGACAGUAGCUGAGGGUCUUCUGUUGUUGGUUUUGGAUCAGUUUUGUUGAGGACGUAGGCAGUUGAGGUCCAAGUAAUUUUCUUGUCAGAAUGAAACUUCUCUUAAGAAAAUAAAUUGCAAAGCCAUCUUCUGACAUUUAUGUAUUUAAAUUUUUGUGUUUGAUGACUUUGUGCUUAAGAAGGGAUAGUCUUUAACUUAGAAGCAUACAGUCUUCGAAAGAUCUGUGUGUGUAUCUAGUAUUUCUUCUAUACUAGAUUUCAUACUGACAGUCACUUAUAUUGCAAAGUCUAUGUUUAAGAUUCUGCAUCGUUUGGAAGCAAGCAAAGAUUCUGCGUUUCAUUAGUAUAAAACCUGUUUGCUUUAGUCUCCGUGUGCAAGCCAGGCUUCUAAAAAUAUUUGCAGAAUGCCUUGGAGCCUAUAUUUGCUGUGAAAUUGCAUGCGAGACUGAAACUGUAAAGUCAAGAGGUGCUGAGUACUGUACAGAGAUGAAUGCAGGGAGCAUGCAUCUUUUCCUCAAAGAUAACUUGAAAUACGGUGUUUAAUAGAAACAUACUAGCUGAUUUUUCUGUUAGUCUUUCUAAAAUCACUAUCUGUCUCAUUUUAAAAACAAUUCACGUUUAAAGUAAUGAAAGUACUUCUAACUCUUAUUUUCCUAAAGUAUUUUUGUGAGAUUACUUACGUGCCAAAUCUUGGUCUACACAAAUCUGCAUAGCCCAUAGGUAAUGUAUGUGUGUGUCAGUAAGAUGCCUCCAAGCACAUGUGCAUUGAUGGUCUUUAUUGAAGCUUCCCGAAGUACACUGAUACAGUGAGCAUUAAUAUAUUGGAAUUUAAAAAAAAAUCUCUUUAACUUCCUGCCUGCAUCGCAUACGUUCCAAAUAGAGAAAGGCUGUGUUCUUUUUAUCUUCACCUGUAAUUGUGUAUUAUGGCCACUGGCUUGGUCUGUAUUUGCUGCUGUUGCCACACAACAUAAGCAGUUUUCUACAGACUGUGGCUGAAGGAGAUAAUUUUUUGUUGUCCAUAAUUGCUUUUCUAAAAA